AUGCAGAUCACCAACAUCCUCUUCAGUCUGCUGGCCGCGACUGCCACUCUGGUCGCCGCCCAGGACACUAUCACCACCGGUACUACCACUUCCACGUUCACCCUGACCAGGACUGUUACCAUCACCUCCUGCAACCCCAGCGUGACCUACUGCCCGGGACGGAACACCACCACCAGCACCAGCAGCUCCACAUCUUCGUCCGCUUACUACCCCGUAUCAAACUCGACGGUCAGUGCUGGCCCGACUGCUUACACCAACACCACUGUCUGGGUCUACCCUACAAGCACCCCCGUUCAGACCACCAUUAUCGAGGUCAGCCCGACCACCACAUCAGCUCCUGCCGCCACUGUUACUGGCUCCGGUGCUGGCAGCCUCUUCGUUCACGGUGGUCUCCUUAUGGGCGUCGUUGGCGCAGGUAUUGCUCUCCUGGCAUAA